ACACUAACUCAAGACGACUGCCCUACUUGCAGUUAGACAUGGGAAGCUUCAUGAGCAGGCAGCUAGGCGACCAGCUGGACAAUCAAAAGAAAUUCAUGGCCGAAUUGAGUGGAGUGACCAUGAAUAGACAGGUUGAGCUGCAGAGCCAGAUGAGGGAGCGAAUGACGUCGUUGCAGAUUGCGAGGAGUAGAGAAAUGUUCUCCUGGCUGGCAUCUUUCUAUGCUGUAGCUGUCGUCGUUAGCAUCGCUGGAUUUCGACGAAGUAGAAAACCAGCUGUGGUGGCACCUCUACUUCCCUUGACUUUCCUGGUGGGAUACCAAGCUGACCUGGCCUACGGGACCAAAAUGAAGAGAAUCUUUUUAGAGGCAGAUCACAUCUAUAAAGAGGAGAGAGACUUGCUGAGACUGCCGGGUGGAAAUGUCACUCUGCCCGAUAUUGACAGAAUUGUUGAACAACUUGCAGAGAAAACUAAAUGAACCUACCGUAAGAACUAUCGGGUAUGCAGAUUGCAUGAUUAUUCAAAACGUGCUUUUGAUUGAAAUGUAAAAUGUUAGGAAAAAUGAGUUUAUCAAGAAACGUAACCUUAAAAAACGUAUUUGUAUCAUAAUCUUUGCUUUAAUUUUGUAUUGAUUUGAAACUCAGAGCUGCACAUAUCAAAGUUUACACAUUAAAUAUUGAAUGAU